AAUGCUUUGGGUUACCACUGUGACCGGAGUCUGCUCUCUUCCUUGGUGAGCUGGAUCGUGGCUGGCAACAUCACUCCUUCCUUCGUGGAGGGCUUGGCCACGCCCACUCAGGUGUGGUUUGCAUGGACCGUCCUGAACAUGGAGUCCAUCUUUGAAGAAGAUUCUCAGCUCAGAAGAGUUGUUGAAGGGGAACUGGUUAUAAACCCUUCUUUCACUCCUGACCAAGCUUUGAAGAAAGCGCAGGCCCAGCUGAAGCUCCCCCUCGUCCCGUCGCUGCAGAGGCUGCUGGUCUAUCGCUGGGCCCACCAGGCUCUGGUCACUCCAUCUGAUCACCCUCUUCUGCCGCUCAUCUGGCAGAAGUUCUUCCUGCUGUACCUGCACCGCCCAGGACCGCAAUACGGGCUACCCAUAGAUGGUUGUAUUGGAAGAAGAUUUUUCCAAAGCCCUGCACAUACUAAUCUGUUGAAAGAAAUGAAGAGGCGCCUGACCGAGGUAGCUGAUUUCCACCACGCAGCGAGCAAGGCCCUCCGUGUUCCAGCAGAGGGCAGUGAAGGGCCACCCGAGAGCCCGGCUGGCACCCCUGCUUACCUGACUUCACCGGAGCUGCACACGGAGCUAGUGAGGCUCUUCAACGUAUAUAUACUAUGGCUAGAAGAUGAGAAUUUUCAAAAAGGAGACACCUAUAUCCCUACUCUACCAAAGCAUUAUGACACUCACAGGCUAGCCAAAGUGAUGCAGAAUCAGCAGGAUCUGUGGAUGGAAUAUCUGAACAUGGAGCGCAUACAUUACGAGUUUCAAGAAACAAUUGGUCUGUGGACGCAGGCCAAACUUGAGUCCCAUUCCGCAUCCUGCAGUUUGUCAGUUCAGCUAGACUUCACUGAUCCUUUUUUGGCUAAAGAGAGGGUCUUAAGUAGCUUGCGGAAGCAUGACGCUCCCCUGCCUCCCCUUGCUCUGCACCCAGUGAGGCCUCCUGUGCCGGUUAUUUCCUCUGAUGUGCUCCUGAGUCAGAAGGACACCACCCAGCUGGUGCGCACAGACCUGAAUCUGUUGCGGCAGCAGGCCAGAACGGCUGCUCUUCGGGAAUCUCAGCAAGUUGCCCUGGAUAGUGAGCUGUUGGACACAAUGCCCAAACAGUAUGUUAAUCGAGAAGAACAGACCACAUUACAUUUGGAGUGUAGAGGCAUUAGUGGUAAGAAAUGCCAAGGAGCAGCAGUUGUAACAGUUCAGUUUGAAGGUAUGCACAAGAACGAAGCAGUAAGCCAACAGCUUCAUGCUUUGUGGAAAGAAGUGAAGCAGUUACAAGCAGAAGCUACUAAACCACCACCGCUUAAUAUUGUGGAGGCGGCUGUGCAUGCAGAAAACUUGAUUACGUAAGUUGUAAGGACAUUUUAUUUUAAUACUCCUUUGCUAUUGUCAAUAGUAAUAAGCCUCUUCUUUACUGUUGUGGAUUACGUCAGCGAUGAGACUCAACGUCACCCUCCCACGAGGCAGUUCUUUACUUCCUGCAUUGAAAUUUUGGGACAGGUGUUCAUCAGUGGCACUAAAUCAGAAUGCAGAAGAGUGCUGGAGACCGUUCUGAAGAACAGGAGGCUCUGCUCUCUUCUGUCUCCUUUCUUUACUCCCAAUGCUGCGCCCGCGGAGUUCAUACAGCUCUACGAGAAAGUGGUGAGGUUCCUGAGUGAGGACAACAGUGACAUGAUUUUCAUGCUGCUGACCAAGUUCCACGUGAAGCAAUGGUUAAACGCCGCCAAGCCGCCUCUGUCCGAGCGCACCAGGCUUCUGGAGUCCAUCCACCUGGCACUCACUGCCUGGGGCCUCGAGCCAGACGAAGACAUUUUGAUGCCGUUUAACCUUUUCUGCAAGCACUGGACUUACCUUCUUCUCUACCAGUUCCCUGACCAGUACAGUGACAUUCUCAGGCUGCUGAUGCAAAGCUCUGCUGAGCAGCUGCUGAGCCCUGAGUGUUGGAAAGCCACUCUGAGAGCCCUGGGCUGCUGCGCCCUAAACUGCCAGCAGGGGGCAGCUCUUGCCGAGAGCACGGUGCUUCAAAGCUCUCCGGAUGUCCUUUUGUCAGACAAGCAGGUAAUGGAGACUAUACAGUGGCUCUCAAACUUUUUUCAUAAGCUUCGCUUAUCCACAUUGGACUUUAAAAGUUUCGGGUUAUUCUCAAAGUGGAGUCCUUACAUGAGUGAUAUGCAGACACUCUUGGGCUAUCUUGUGAAAAGGCUGCUUGACUCAGAAAUGGAAUGCUUGGCCCAGGACCCAUCUGCCAGCAGCAAAACAGUGCUGAGAUCCCUGCACUCAGUGAUCAUCCAGCUGUUUAAGCCAUGGAUCCUGGUUUUAGAGGACAGUGAAAGCAGCCAGCGCCAUUACCCCUGGCUGGAGAGCGAUGCUGUGGUGGCCUCAGGCAUCGUGCAGCUGUUCACUGACUGCAUUGGCUCGCUGCACGAGAGAUUUAAAGGCAUUCUGUUGCCGGGUGAUGCAGGGGCCCUUCGGUUACACCUGAUGCAUUAUUGUGAAGCGUGUACAGCGCCCAAAAUGCCAGAGUUUAUCCUGUACGCUCUUCACAGUGCCUACCGGAAGCUUCCGUGGAGGGACCUGCACCCCGACCAGAUGCUCAUGGAGGCCUUCUUCAAAGUGGAACGUGGAAGCCCCAAGAGCUGCUUCUUAUUUUUGGGGUCUGUCCUCUGUGAAGUGAACUGGGUCAGUGUGCUCUCUGAUGCCUGGAGUCCCAGUCCCCUCCCGGAGACCCGGAGCAUGGUUGUCUGCCUCCUUUUCAUGAUGAUUUUAUUGGCAAAGGAAGACCAGCUGGUUGACCAGCCGGACUCGCCUCUACUUAGUCUCCUGGGGCAGACGAGCUCCCUUUCAUGGCAUCUUGUGGAUAUGGUGUCGUACCAGAGUGUGCUAGGUUAUUUCAGCAGCCACUACCAGCCCUCCAUCCUCCUGGCUAAGGAAUCUUCUGCUGAAUUAAUCGUGAAGCUCCUAAAAGUGGCUGCGGGCCUCUCUAUUCCUACCGACAGCCAGAAACAUCUUGAUGCAGUUCCAAAAUGCCGAGCCUUCAUUCAUCAGAUGGUUCAAUUCCUCAGCUCCCUGGAACAAAAUGGAAAAAUCACCCUAGCCAUCCUAGAACAGGAAAUGUCUAAGCUCUUAGAUGAUAUCAUUGUCUUUAACCUGCCUGACGUGGACAGCCAGACCCGCCACAUGGCCCUCAGCAGCCUCUUCAUGGAAGUCCUGAUGAUGAUGAACAACGCGACUAUUCCGACGGCGGAGUUCCUCCGGGGCAGUGUCCGGACCUGGAUUGAGCAAAAGGUGCACGGGCUGGUGGUCCUGCCCCUUUUAACUGCCACCUGCCAGAGCCUGGCUUCCGUCCGCCACAUGGCCGAGAUGACAGAGGCCUGCAUCACUGCCUACUUCAGGGAAGGCUCCCUCCAUCAGAUUGUAGGAUGGGGCCCCAUCCUGGUGUCCCUUCAAGUUCCUGAGCUCACCAUAGAAGAGUUUCUGCAGGAGUGCCUGUCCCUCGGCAGUUACUUGACCCUCUAUGUCUACCUGCUGCAGUGUCUCAAUAGCGAGCAGACGCUGAGGAACGAAAUGAAAGUGCUGCUCCUCCUAAGCAAGUGGUUGGAACAGGUGUAUCCCAGGUCUGCGCAGGAAGAGGCAAAGCUGUUUCUGUGGUGGCACCAAGUCCUGCAGCUGUCCCUGAUUCAGACGGAGCAGAACGACUCGGUCCUGACCGAAUCGGUCAUUCGAAUCCUGCUCCUGCUGCAGAGCAGGCAGAGCCUGUUGGCCGAGGAGAGGCUCAGCUCGGGUAUCCUGGGGGCGAUUGGCUUUGGCCGGAAGUCGCCCCUGUCUAACAGGUUCCGCGUGGUUGCCCGAGGCAUGGCCGCCUUCCUUUCUGUUCAGGUUCCUGUGGAGGAUCAGAUCCGGUUGAAGCCUGGCUCUGAGUUAUACCUCACCCUGAAAGCUCAGCAGGCUCUGAGCGUGCUUGAAUCUUUGACAAUAAGUAAGCAGUAUGUUGAAUACCAGGAGCAGAUCUCUCAAGCGGCACAAUUCAUAAAGCACCCUGGCCAUUGCCUCCACGACGGGAAAAGCUUCCUGGCUCUUCUGGUGAACCGCCUCUAUCCGGAAGUGCAUUAUCUGGACAACAUACGAUAGAGACACCGGCUCCUCAAAUACCGCUGCUGUUUAUGUUUACAUUUACCUUUGCUGUUGCACAAGUGACUGCUCAGCUUCACUGUGGAGCUCAGUGUGGCCAAUGAAGUAGUUGACUGAGAUGCAAGUCAGAGGCACUAGAGAAUGCUUUUGUGCAUGUGCACGUGUGUGUGUGUGUGUGUGUGUGUGUGUG